AUGCCACCAGCCCUCAAUAUCCCAAAAUGGCUCGAACAAAACUCCCAUCUCCUCCAGCCACCAGUUAAUAACUAUUGUGUCUACCAUCCAUCCUCGCCAGCCACAACAGGCUACACCGUCAUGGUUGUUGGCGGACCCAACGCACGAACAGACUACCACAUCAACACCACGCCUGAGUUUUUCUACCAAUACCGAGGCUCUAUGCUUCUUAGAACAGUCGAUACGACUACAGAAACACCGACAUUUGAGGAUGUUGAGAUUCACGAGGGUUCAAUAUACCUGUUGCCAGCUAACACGCCGCACUCUCCUGUGAGAUUCAAGGAUACUGUGGGUAUCGUAAUGGAACAGCCGCGGGCGAAUGGUGCUCUUGAUGCCAUGCGCUGGUAUUGCAAGAAAUGCAAAGAGAUUGUUUGGGAGAAGAAGUUUGUCUGUUCGGAUCUUGGGACGCAGGUUAAAGCUGUUGUUGAGGAAUUUGGCGCUGACGAAGAGAAAAGGCGAUGCAAGGCUUGUGGAGAGAUUGCUGCCACUAAGUAUGCGGAAGGUGAGCUUGAGCAGCCACCUAGGUUCCCUGAAUAA